UCUUCCACUCCCCGCUCACGUAAUUCAAGAAAUCGAUAUCUACAACUUCAAUCCUGAUGAUCUUGCAAGUAAGCAAACAAACGAUUCUAUCUUUUCUUUUCUUUUCUUUUUUUCUUUUUUUUCCUUUUAACCUAAAAUCAAGAUUUGGUUUGCAGGUCAGUUUGCGGUUGAAGAAGAGAAGGACAUGUAUUUCUUCACACAAAGGAAUCGUAAGUAUGAGGGUGGAUCACGCCCAGCUAGGAAAACAGGAAACGGAUACUGGAAGGCUACUACGGGACAUACAACGGUUCUUGAUCAAGAUAAAGUAGUUGGAUAUAAGAUGAAUUUGAAAUUCCACAUUGGUACGGCACCUAAGGGGAAGAAAACAGAUUGGUUGAUGCCAGAGUAUAGGAUCGACCAGGUUGAUCCUCCUACAACGACUACUGAGACUGAGGCUAGGAAGAGAAAGAGGAAGAUGGUGGCUGCAACUCAAGAGGAUCAUCACAUAAGAAUGAAUGGAUUUGUUUUGUGUCGAAUAUACAAGCAUAAAUGGGGAGCUAAGAAAACAAACGAAACACCAGUGAAUGAAGUUGAAGAAGUGGCUCCUUGUUAUGAAGAUCAAAUGAACAUGGACAUGAUAUUCGACCAAAUUAUUCCAGAAGUAGAUAGAUUGCUUACCAUUUCGUGGGAUAACAACGAAUAUCUCCCAUCACCUUUUGAUGUUAUGCCCAUCGUUUGA